UAUAUACUUUUCAAACAUGAUGGUGUUGUUGUUGUUGUUGUUGUUGUUGUUUGAGUCCCCUCUGUCUUUAUCCCAUUUGGUCUUACUGUUUCAGAGGCACCUUUUGCUUUUUCCAGGGUUGACAUGGAGGAACGGUAUGAGCCAUUAAAGGAACUUGGUUCUGGGAAUUUUGGAGUGGCUAGGUUGGCAAGAGAUAAGAACACUGGAGAGCUUGUUGCUGUCAAAUACAUAGAGAGGGGGAAAAAGAUUGAUGAGAAUGUUCAGAGGGAGAUAAUUAACCACCGGUCUUUAAGGCAUCCAAAUAUUAUCAGGUUCAAAGAGGUUUUACUGACCCCUACUCAUUUAGCCAUUGUCUUGGAGUAUGCUUCUGGCGGUGAACUAUUUGAGAGGAUAUGCAGUGCAGGUCGAUUUAGUGAAGAUGAGGCAAGAUAUUUCUUCCAGCAGUUAAUAUCUGGGGUUAGCUACUGUCAUUCAAUGGAAAUUUGUCAUAGAGAUCUGAAAUUGGAAAACACUCUCUUGGAUGGAAAUCCAUCCCCUCGCCUUAAAAUCUGCGACUUCGGUUACUCCAAGUCUGCUAUACUGCACUCUCAACCUAAGUCAACAGUUGGAACUCCUGCAUACAUUGCUCCCGAGGUUCUGUCACGAAAGGAGUAUGACGGAAAGGUUGCAGAUGUUUGGUCCUGUGGAGUGACUCUUUAUGUCAUGUUAGUUGGUGCAUACCCAUUUGAAGAUCCAGAUGAUCCUAGAAAUUUCAGAAAGACUAUUGGGAGAAUAAUAGGUGUUCAGUACUCCAUACCCGACUAUGUACGCGUUUCUGCAGAGUGUAGAAAUCUUCUUUCUCGAAUCUUUGUUGCUGAUCCUGCCAAGAGGAUCACCAUAGCAGAGAUAAAACAGAAUCCUUGGUUUUUGAAGAGUUUGCCUAAAGAAAUCAUUGAAGCUGAAACAAAAGGUUUCGUGGAAACAAAGAAGGACCAACUAAGCCAGAGUGUUGAAGAAAUCAUGAGGAUUGUUCAAGAGGCAAGGACACCAGGACAAGGAGGAUCUAAAGCUAUUGAUGGUGGACAAGUUGGCACUGGCUCUAUGGAUGUUGAAGAUGAUGAGGAAAUUGAUGUUAGUGGUGACUAUGAACAAGUGUGAUCGAUGCCUACAUUGGUAGAUGGCUUGUGUGUAUAAGAUAAUAUACAGUAUGCAUUAUUUACAUUUAUCUCUCUUGUUCCGAAGAUGUUCUAAAGAUAUACAUUAUACCUAUGUUUGAAAUAGGGUUUUGUGUUCAUUUAAGAGAAUAGUAUUAAUAAAACUCUUGAAUUGGUUUUCA